AUGGACAAUAGAAUCAACGGCCUGUCUGUUGAUCCGGUCGAUUCGGCAGUAAAAGAGCAACACAUUGCUUUUAAAGAGGAGGUUACUCGACUUGCCCUCGACUCAUUGCGCGAGAGGAUUCCUCGCAAGAUCCUCCAUUUCAGCAAACUUGUGAAGGAGAAGGCAUCAGCUAGUGGGCUAUUUCACUCUCGCGAUCUUGAUUCCGUGACUUAUCGCGUUUCCGCUGUAGACGAAUCUGCCAGCAAAAGACAGAAGAGGAGCGUAGAAGAGGAAGACAGCCGUAUAAUAACGCCGUCGCACAAGCAAAUAUUGGACGAACUGGAAGCUAUAAAAGCGGAAGCGUCAGAGCUUAUAGAAAUUAUCGGUAAUAUAAAGCUCUGGAUCCAGCUGAACGUCCCACGUAUCGAAGAUGGCAACAACUUCGGAGUAGGGAUUCAGGAGGAGGUGAUACUAGAACUCACUCGAGUAGAAGAUACAGCCUUCAACCUUUUUGACUCCAUAUUGUGCACCAAAGUUAUAAAGUACCCCAAUGUAUGCGACUACACUGAGGCUAUACGCGAGCUCGACGAGAAGGAGUGGAUUCACAUAAAGAUAACCAACGUGGAUAUGCGGAACAACUAUAGCAUGAUAUAUGAUCUGCUAUGCAAGAACUGGGAGAAGGUUGUGAAGCCCAAGAGCGAAAACAAUCAUUACCGCAUGACGUUCUGA